UCCUCAGUGUCCGGCAUCGGACACAGAUUAACCACAGCUCCCCGCUCUCCGGCCACGGUCCCACACCAGGACUCCCUCCACGCUCCCUGCCUCCCGCUUCAGCUGCGGCCGGCGGGUGCCCAAGAGUGCUCCGGCUCCAGAGCUGGGCCAUUUUGCAACACAGGGCUUCAGCCAGACGGGCGGCAGCUUCCCUCCAGCCUGCUGCGGCGACAGCAACAGCUCUGCUGAGACCACAUGGCCACUUCUGGAAAAGUUAUCAGAUGCAGAGCUGCUGUUGCCUGGGCCGUGGGCAAACCACUCUCUGUUGAGGAGGUGGAGGUUGCACCUCCAAAGGCAGGUGAAGUCCGUGUCAAGAUUGUGGCCACGGGCAUCUGUCGCACAGAUGACCACAUUUUGGAAGGUUGCUUUCCUAAUGUGGAUUUCCCAGUUAUCCCAGGCCACGAAGGAGCUGGGAUUGUGGAAAGCGUUGGAGACGGAGUGACCUCUGUGAAACCAGGAGACAAAGUCAUCCCCAUUUCCCUUCCUCGUUGCGGGGAAUGCAGCUUCUGCCUGAAUCCCGAAUCCAACUACUGCCUGAAGUCCCACUUCUCCGGAUCACAAAGCCUGCUGCCUGACAAGACCAGCCGGUUCACUUGCAAAGGGAAGCAGGUCCACCACUUCCUGUGGGUCAGCACCUUUGCAGAAUACACUGUGAUCCCGGAGUAUGCCGUUGCCAAGAUAGAUGCUGCUGCACCUCUGGACAAAGUCUGCUUGCUUGGCUGUGGGUUUCCCACAGGCUAUGGGGCUGCCAUCAACACCGCCAAGGUAAAACCAGGCUCCACGUGCGCCGUCUUUGGCGUCGGAGGAGUUGGCCUCUCUGUUGUCAUGGGCUGCAAGGCGGCUGGAGCUUCCCGCAUCAUUGCCAUUGAUAUCAACAAGGACAAGUUUGCCAAGGCCAAGGAGCUGGGAGCCACUGACUGCAUCAGUCCUCACGACUUCAAGAAGCCCAUCCAGGAGGUGCUCACUGAGAUGACCGGUGAUGGCGUGGACUACUCCUUUGAGGUCAUCGGGCAUGCAGAUACCAUAACUGCUGCCCUGGCUUCCUGCAAUAUGAACACUGGUGUCUGCGUGAUGGUUGGGGUACCAGCUUCUGGUUCAAUGAUUUCCGUCGAUCCUAUGCUUCUGCUGUCUGGGCGUACGUGGAAGGGGACUCUGCUCGGAGGUUGGAAGAUGAGAGAUUGUAUCCCCAAAUUAGUUUCCAGCUAUUUGGAGAAGAAAUUUAACUCAGACUUGCUGAUCACGCACACGCUGCCGAUUGCUAAAGUGAACGAGGGAUUUGAGUUGUUACGUGCAGGAAAAAGUAUUCGCACCGUCCUGCUCUUUUGAACGACACAGCCACGGGAGGUCGAGCAGAGGGACCAGCGCAGCAGACUCUCUCCUGGCGCGGGCCCUUCUUGCCCGGCACUUCACUUUGUGGGGCACAAGGAGACGUGAACGAGGAACUCGCCAAUGCUGGUGCUGCUGCCAGUGCUCCCGCACCCGGCCGAGACCUGGAAGGACGCCUCUCCCAAGAAAACGCUUUUACCAAUAAAGGG